AUGGCGGCAUCCGAGCCUCCCCAGUGGCUUCUGACGGUCGAUGCAAAGCGAAAGCUGCGUGACGAUGCCAUUCAGAAAUAUCUCGAUGGCCAGAAUUUGCGGUCUGAGGUCCGACAUCGAGCCCCCGAUGCUUGCUACGCGCCUACAUCCACCAGUAUGCCCAUCUUGGUAAAAUUCAAUAAUCAAACCAUUAUCACGCCACAUUUUUCAGCGCGAUCGAUGCUCACAAGCGGCUUCACAGAGAUUCUCUUCGACCACGCAAUCAAGCAGGCAAAAGAGCUUGACGAAUAUCAUGCGAAAAGUGGCCGUCUAAUAGGACCCUUGCAUGGUGUUCCCAUCACCCUGAAGGACCAAUUCAAUGUCAAAGGCUACGAUAGCACCUUGAGCUAUGUUGGACGCGCCUUUAAGCCUGCAGCACAUGGUUCACUCAUUGUGUCCAUCCUCUAA